AUGGGAAACCACACUGGACAUGAAGACUUUGUCCUCCUGGGCUUUCUGAUCGGACGUAAAGCAGAGAUCUUAUUGGCAGUGGUUCUCCUGGCUGUCUACCUCUUGACAUUGCUUGGUAACAUGUCAGUUCUGAUCAUCAUUAUCACCACGACCCGCCUUCACACGCCCAUGUACUUCUUCCUUGCCAACCUCUCUGUGCUGGACUUUGCCUUUUCAACAGUGACUGUUCCCAGCUUUCUGAGGAACCUCUUCUCUGAUGCCAAGACUAUCUCCUUUGCUGGUUGCAUGGCCCAAUCCUACUUCUAUUUCUUCCUGAGUACAGUGGAAUAUUUCCUCUUGACAUGCAUGUCCUACGACCGCUAUGUUGCCAUAUGCAACCCCUUGCGGUACCCUUCCAUCAUGAAUAGCCACGUGUGUGUCCAGAUAGUGUUGUUUUGCUGGUUGGGUGGGUUUUGCUCUGUCCUUUAUCCAACAAUCAUAAUCACCAGGUUGUCUUAUUGCAAGUCAAACAUCAUUGACCACUUUUUCUGUGACAGCGAACCUCUGCUGAAGCUUUCAUGUACUGACACGCGCCUGAUACAGCUAGUCACUUUUGGGUUGUCAUCAGUCGUCAUUCUCUGCUCUUUGGCUCUGACGGUCAUCUCCUAUGCUUACAUUGUCUCUGCCAUUUUGCGCAUACCCACUGGCACCGGCCGGAAGAAGGCCUUCAACACAUGUGCUGCGCAUCUCACCUUGUUUCUAAUGUCUACAGCUGUCUCCAUCCUACUGUAUGUGAUUCCAUCUGAGAAAUCCUCUUUAGGGGCUCGCAAAACCCCAGCAUUACUCAGUAGUAUAGUCAAUCCAUUCCUGAGCCCCUUUAUCUAUACUCUGAGGAACGAUUUGUUCAAGGGAAUUCUAGGUGAGAUUUGUGGACGGGGAGCAGUUAUGGCUCAGAAGUUGUUGAUGAAUCAUAUGUAG